AUGUCUACUACUGCAAACAGCAGCAGCAGCAGAAUCAUCAAGGACCACAACAACCACCGACCUUGGUUGAGCUACCAGCUUGUUCAGGAACGCUUUCAAGCAGGCGAUUCGUACACGUGGUUAUACCGCUACCAGGGAAAGGAAGCGUCGUGGGAACGGUACACCGUGUUGGAUGUGUUCUAUCCUUAUCUGCGAAUCGAAUUGGCUUCCAGAUUUGUUGUUGAUAAUAACCAAGCUGCUGCAUGCAAGGGAAAAGGAGACUUGUAUCAAACCCAUCACCGCAUGACAAUUUCCAUGGAGCAACAGUUGAGUGCCAGUGAUGACCCGGAGGAGUGGUCAUUGGUGUCCUUUGAAUAUUAUUACCAAGACGGCAGCCACAACCGUGGUGGCUGGACCUCUUUGAGGGGACAGAACAAUGUUCAAGCAUUUGAAGAGAAAUUCAAUGUCUUUGUCAUGCCCUAUAAAAAGAAUUGUGCAUCUAAUAGUACUGGUACUGGUAGUCUGAGGGAAGUACUAGUAAUACCAGCGCCCCACAAGACCAUCAUCCUCAAGAAGAAGACCAAUCAUUCCACGAAUGGUCCCACCGAACUAAAAACCGCCGUGACAAGACCGUCACGACACCAGUAUACCAACUCUUGGUAUGCCUGUCACCCAGACGAAUUAGCAGGAAUAGCUCUUUGGAAAGAAUUUGAAGGAGGGGAGUACAGUUUUGAAUUGGUUGAGAUGCAACGGAGCGGCAUAAAGACUUGCUUUGAUAGUAUUGUUGGGAUUGAGGGUUUGAAGUAG